UGGACAUUAGUCAAGCCAUGCAAGCCGCGGAAGACGCCUGCGCCCAGCUGGAAGAUGAGUUACUCUUUUGUGAAGACUGUCGCUUGUACUUCAGAGACUCCUGUCCCCAACACGGAACCCCAACGUUCAUCUUGGACACUCCAGUUCCAGAAAACGUUCCAUCCCGUGCUUUGCUCUCUUUGCCAGAAGGGCUGGUGGUAAAGGAGAGACCGCAAGGAGGAUUUGGGGUCUGGUGUACAAUCCCCAUCAUACCACGUGGCUGCAUCUUUGGUCCUUAUGAAGGGGAUGUCUUGGUGGAUCGUAACGACUGCACGGUUUACUCUUGGGCGGUACGGGAAAACGGGUCCUAUUUUUAUAUUGACGCCAGUGACGAUUCCAAAAGCAGCUGGAUGAGGUAUGUGGCUUGUGCAUCAACAGAGGAAGAACACAAUCUAACGGUCUUCCAGUAUCGAGGAAAAAUAUACUAUCGUUCUUGUCAGCCUAUUACAUCGGGAACAGAAUUGAUGGUGUGGAUUGGCGAGGAGUAUGCCAGAACGCUGGGCUUCAAACUAGGUGAGCAUUUUAAAUAUGAAUUUGGGGAAAAGGAACUGCUGAUGAAGUUGUUCCAAGACCUACAGCUUAAACCAUUGGAUCACAUAUCAAGUCAAAAUCAAUACCACUGCAGUGAUAUUGCCAGCCCUAUAAUGCAGCCACAUAAACAAAGCUAUCCAGUAAACAACAUUGGUCACUCUUCUGGAUUUCAGCUGCUUGAGGGAACUCAGAACCUUGUUAGUCUCGGUCGUGCUCAGAGUCGGUACUGGACUUUUUUUGGAUUCCAAGGAGACGCUUAUGGUCGGAUAAUUGAUAAAACUAAAAUAAUUUGCAAAAUUUGUGGUGUUAGACUUUCCUACAGUGGCAAUACAACUAACUUGAGACAGCAUCUUAUUUAUAAACAUAGACGAGAGUACAAUGAACUGGUUGGAACCCAGGGGGCAGUAGUUGACCCACAAAAAAGUGUUGAAGUUGUUCCACCACGUGAAGUGGCUUCUAGGGCUGUGGUAGCUCCUACAGUGGGGAGAACAACCAAAGCUGUGGCAGAUUUUAUUGUCCGUGAUCUGAUGCCUGUUGAAAUAAUUGAAGGGGAAGGUUUUACCCAAAUGCUCUCAGCACUGGACCCCAAUUACAAAUUACCAGCAGCUUCUUUCCUGGCCCAUACUAUUUUACAGGAGAUGUAUGUCCAGGCCAAACUAAAAGGGGGAGAGCUGGUAAAGAAUCUACAAGAUUGUUCAGUAAGCCUGGACCUAUGGAAGCACAGUGGCUCUCUGUCCUACCUCACUCUCAUUAUCCAUUAUGUUGAUGAAGGCUUUGAAUCUAAGAACAUGGUGCUAUCCAGUAGGGUUGUUUCAGAAGACCUUUCUGAAGAUAGCUUGAAAUCAGUCCUUCUUGAUGUAGCAGAAGAAUGGGGAAUACGGGAGAACACACUCUAUGCAGUUGGGCUCAGUAGUCCGUCUGUAAAAUCAGCAGCAUCAAAGGUAGGUUGGAAGUCUCUGCCAUGUGUCGGACAGGUUCUCAGAGGCUGCAUUGAAGCUAUUCUUCAGCACCACACAAUACAGACAACACUGGAUCGAUUCAGAAGAUUGAUAGCCACUGUUUUCUCAUCAACCACACAGAAUGAAGAACUGACCACCCAUGGUCCCGUACUAAAGGUGCAUUUAAAAAUGUUUCUUCGUGACGGCACUAAAUGGUACAGCAUUUACACCUUAUUGCAGAGCAUUGUUGACCAUUCCAAGUUUUUUAAAGGUCUCAUUGAAACACUGAAUGAAGACAGCAUAGCUUUGGAGUCAGAAGAUUGGUCCAUUCUGCAAGAUGUCGUUGACAUCCUUAAACCUUUAGCUAUUGCUACCUCAACAUUUACCAAAGAUCAGUUUGCUGGGUUAUCCCUGGUCAAACCUGUGAUAACCAGCUUAUUGUAUAAACACUUGGCACCUAACGAGUGGGACUCCGACUUUUGCAAGAAUAUUAAAAAGGCCAUACAUGAAGAACUGAAUUUUAAGUAUUCCGACAGUGAGGUCAAUCAGGUUCUCAAUUUGGCAUGUGCCUUGGACCCUCGUUUUCGUGGCCUUGACUUCCUCAGCCAACCAGACCGUGUAGAGGCACUUCAUUUAUUGAAGCUCGAAGCGUCAAGUCUGGCAAAGACACAGCCAAUUGAAACUACUUGUGUUACACCUGAACCCCAGAACACAAGGCCAGCAGCGAAAAAACCCAAGCAAGAUUCCGGCAUCGAGUUCCUCUUGGGAGACUUGUGUAGUGUAAGAAAUUCUUCAGGUAACACAGUUAACCAGCAGGUGGAGCAAGAAAUUAGCAGCUUCCAAACUAGUGAAGCCUCUUCCUUAUGCCAGGACCCAUUGCAGUGGUGGAAAAUGCAUUAUACCCAGUACCCACUUCUGGCUCGGGCAGCACGUAAACUCUUGGCCAUCCCUGCCACGUCUGUACCCACAAGCUGGCUGUUUACAGAUGCUGGCCUGACAGUUUACAGAAAGCGGUCAGCUUUGACUGCUGAGCAUGUAGAUAUGCUAGUCUUUCUAAAUGGUAACAGAUCAAUUCUCUAAACUGGUACUGGUUAGUCUUUCACGUCUGUGCCUCUCCCAUCCCCAUCUUGGCCACCAUUUACAAGUGGCACACUGUGUCUCCUACAGGUCUGAUCUAGUGCUUCCAGUGCUAUCCUACUAACAAGCUAAUAGUUUUUGGUCUAAACCAGUAUAUAGAUGAUUUAACCAGUAUAUUACUGGGAAUUUAACAGACUCAAUCUCAUUAACUUUAAAAUGAUAAUGCUUGCUUCCUUCAUACUCAGAAAUGCAGAGGGAGAGGUUUGCA